AUGGCAAAGGGGAACAAAACUGGCGGCGGAGUGCAGAACAAGGCCAUCUACUCGCGCAUCUCGUUCCUUCAGCAAGCCGCCACUUUCCUCUCAACGCAACGCCAAACCCAUGGCUCUCAUGUCACUGGUGCUAGCAUUGGCGCUCCCAGUGAUUCAGCACGUCUGCCAGCUCCGGAUGGUCCAACCUCGGUACCCUUGCAGGGCAUGAGCAGGCGGUUGGCCACUGAUUUGCGCUCCGUGUCCCUCAAGACCAGAAUCCGCCUUAAGCCGGCAGUGAAACAGGCCAUCUGCAAGUUCUGCGAUUCUGUUCUCAUCGAGGGCGAGUCUUGUACAUCCACGGUUGAGAACAAGAGCAAGGGCGGUAAUAAGCCUUGGGCUGAUGUCCUGGUACGAGCCUGCCAUACAUGUGGAAGGGAAAGGCGAUAUCCAGUCAGCGCGUCGAGGCCGAAGAGGAAAACGGAGCGAGCAGUUUCAGACGACGCUGCUUCUUUACAGCGAAAGAAACUAAAGGGUUGA